AUGUCUGCAGUGGUACUUUCCCCAGGAGCCGGAGCAGACAACGAAGCAGGCAGCGGAACAGACAAUGGAACAAUCGUAAGACUUGAUGAGGAGAUGAAUCCACAGCUCGGGACAACGGCUGAUCCUAAAACCUCAAGAGCAAGGAACACCUCCAAAAAGACAAAUUCACAUCUAUUUCGAAAUCCCAAUGCGCCAGAUGCGCUCGAUUGCGUGGUAUUGGGCAAGAAUGGCAUCUACACCCGAGCACUUUAUGUGGAUGUCCAAGCUCUUAUACGGGCGUAUGAGGAGAAUGACUGCAUCGACUAUCCAACAUUUGCCUCGAUCUGGAGAGAACAAAAGUUCUUCUUAAUACAUUUCGCCUGUGGUGAACGCAAUACACGCGAGCAAUUUAUGUGCUCGCUUUUCAACAUGUUUUUGGAUGUUCUUUCCUCUGCAGAGACAUUACCAGCCCAGGUGGGUGCAGUCUAUGGCCUUUAUCUUCUCUACUUUACACAGCCAAAAAACUUCAAAAAAGUCGCUAUUCGGCUUACGAUCGCGGCCUGGCAGAACCUGGAAUUGCUAUACAAACUCGGAUUCGACUACAGUGCCACCGAUCUCAUAUUUAUCAUUCACAAACUACGCGACCGAGGCGCCUUUAUGUAUGUUGCACAGAAUGAGAAGAUCAGCAAGGCAUUGAUGAAUGAAAACGACGACUUGAGCGAGCGAGCUGAGAGGACCCUGGUUCGCUUGGAAAGGGAAAUGAACAAUUCUGUCUUGGUUCCUGUCGAUGGUCCACUGAAGCAGUUUUCCGAGCUAGCGACAGAGUACCAUAAUGCCAAAGUGGAGCUGAUUGAUGUAUCCCUCGCUAAGAGAGCAAGUGAGAUGGUCAUGGCCCAUUUGUGCAGGAUCAAACCUCCAGAUCUGGACCUUGCUACUGCGAAACCCAGACCUGCAUUCUUGCGUGAAAAGCACGCUCCGACAUCUCCAUCUCCAACGCAGUUCAAAGCCGGCUCUACAACUGGACGUUUUGUCGAUACGGAUGGCGAUAAUGCGCGUGAAGCUACUGCGACUUCGAAUACGGAUAUUGAGAUGACAGAAGCGUCAUCAAGCAGUCGAGAACCAUUGACAGGACCAACACCAGCGUCUUCUGUCAGAGCUGUUGCAUCCUCAAGCAGCGUAUCAAGGCGUCAAGGACCAGGACCACGCCAGCCGUACACAAGACCACAUGUCUCUCAAACGGAAAGCAAUCCAGACGAUGGAAAAGUGACGAGGAAAAGAGAAAUGUCGAAAAAGAAGAAGCGCAUUCUACCAAAUGUAUUCCCUCUGUCCAUGCUCCAGGCCUCGACACCUUACUUCGCGGAUCAAAUAGAUGAUGUUGUAAGACGAUAUUUCAAGGAUCGACUGUCGCGAUUCGAAUUUGCUGUUGGAGAUGGAUUGUCAAGGAACGACUAUAAGUUUCCGACACAGCCAUUGUCGAAAAGGCGCGGGAGAGCUUUCCCAAUUACCUCCGGACUCGAACUCGAGCUCGAAAUACAUGGAAUUCGAAAUAUUCAAGAGCCAGACGAGCGCGAUAUGCGUCUGCUGGAGGUAAUGAAGAACAGGCGGAAGCAAAUUGCAGAACGUCGGAAAGGAAAGAAAACCAGCAGCAACACUGCAGGUUCAGGGACUGACAAAGGCGCGAAUACGGAUACGGACGAACAUGAUGUGGAGCAUCCUGUCGAAGGUGCGGGCGAGCGUGACCAGGUGCACGGACUAGAGCUCAGGGGCACAAAAUCCCCUGAGUGCGAUGCGGAAGGCAAUAGUUUAGAUAAACGUGAGCGCGACGCAGAGAGCACUAAUUUGGAUGAACGUGAACGCGGCGAUGAACACAAGCUUGAUUAG